AUGGGUGCCAGAGUCAGACGAUCAAAGUCGCCACCAUCGCAACGGCCGGCACCGCUUUCCUUGAAGCAGAAGAAGCCCAACGGCACCAUGAACAACGGCGUGGAAAUGCGGCGGAAAAAUACCAACAACCUGGACACCUCGGAAGGUAUAACAGCCAACUACGUGUCACGAGAGAGCUUCUCCCUCGACGACGCGGUGCCCAAGACGCCAUCCGCGACCGACCAUGGCUUUUUCGAACUGCCCAGACAAGAUCAGCGAAACUUUCUGCUACUGGUAUUGCUCUACUUUCUGCAGGGCAUCCCCAUGGGACUCGCGAUGGGGUCUGUCCCCUUUCUUCUGAAGAACCACAUGUCCUAUGGCGAGAUCGGAAUCUUCAGCUUGGCCUCGUACCCUUACUCCCUGAAACUCUUCUGGAGUCCCUUUGUUGACGCAGUCUGGAGUCGCAAGAUUGGACGUCGAAAGACGUGGAUCGUUCCCAUCCAGUUUCUCUCGGGCUUCAGCAUGCUCUGGCUCGGAUCGAAUGUGGAAAAGAUGAUGGAGACUACCGGAAGAGCAGGGGGCCCCACAGUCUGGGCUUUCAUGAUGUGGUGGUUCUUCCUGGUCCUCAUGUGUGCGACGCAGGACAUUGCCGUCGACGGAUGGGCCUUGACCCUCCUCUCGCCCUCCAACGUGUCGUACGCGUCGACGGCCCAAACCGUCGGUCUCACGGCGGGCCAUUUCAUGUCGUACACCGUCUUCUUGGCCCUCAACGCCGGCGACUUUGCCAACAAGUGGUUCCGAUCAGUGCCCUCGGAGGAAGGGCUCGUGUCCCUCGGCGGCUACCUCCGAUUCUGGGGCUGGACCUACAUCGUCGUCACGGUCGGCCUGGGCUUUUUCAAGGGCGAGGACAAGUCGCAGGACGAGGAUGGCGUAUGGGAUGUCUACCGCAUCAUGUGGAACAUUCUCAAGCUGAAGAAUGUGCAGACCAUCAUCAUCGUGCACCUCAUUGCCAAGAUUGGGUUCCAGGCCAACGACGGGGUGACGAAUCUGAAGCUUCUCGACAAGGGUUUCGGCAAGGACAACAUGGCGCUCACGGUCCUGAUCGAUUUCCCGUUUGAGAUUGCCCUGGGAUACUACGCGGGCAUGUGGUCGCAAAAGUACACGCCGAUGCGCCUCUGGUGCUGGGGCUUUGUCGGGCGCCUGGGCGCGGCCGUUUUCGCGCAGUUUACGGUGGCCAUGUUCCCCAGCAGCGGCGGCGUCACGACGUGGUACCUGGUUGUGGUGAUUGCGGAGCAUCUCGUGUCGACGUUUAGCAACACCGUCAUGUUUGUUGCCGUGUCGGCCUUUCACGCCAAGGUUUCCGACCCAGUCAUUGGCGGCACGUAUAUGACUCUACUUGCUACCGUGUCCAACCUCGGCGGCACCUUCCCGCGGUACUUUGUGUUGAAACUCGUCGAUUCAUUCACGGUGGCGACCUGCCAACCACCGCGGAAAGGCGGCAGCGCCAAUCUCAAGGGGCCCAUCAUCACGGAAGUCUUUUCAUGCGCCGUGCAGGCGGAAAAGGAGCGAUGCGAGGCCGGCGGUGGACGAUGCGACUUGGAACGAGACGGCUACUACGCGGUGAACAUGCUCUGUGUAGCUGUGGGAAUCGCAACGUUCCUGUGGUACAUCAAGCCCAAGGUGCUUCAUCUGCAGAGCUUGCCUCUGCGAGCCUGGAGACUGGGACCGCUGAAUGAUAAACGAUGA